UCCCAAACCCAAAGUGAUGAUCUGAUUCAUUUUCAUCUCUUUUCUCUUACAUCUAUCUGCAUUAAGUUUUUAGUAGUUAGGAUUCUUGGGAAUUGUUUUUGUUUUGUUUUUUUUUAAUAUCUUCAUUGUGAUCUGGUUAAGGCAGUUGGGUUUUUUUCUGUCUCUGAGGGAGAAACAAGUCGAAAGUUGAGGUUUUUUCUUCUAUAAUGGUGGAAUGCUUUUUUGGGUUUGUCUCCUGAGUUGGAGAGCGAAGGACCAUCUGAAACAUCAUUAAGAAUCAGUUAUUUGAGGAUGCAAGAUCUGAUAUCAAUUGAUAUAUAUGUUUGAUUCUUAUGAGGAAAAAAUGUUGAUGCUAGGAGAUUUUGAUUUGAAUUCAAUGCAACAAUACACUGAUUCACUUAAAGAUAUUUUCAAGCAGACAAUGCUCGAACAGGAGAUCAUAUUUAGAAAGCAGGUCCAUGAGCUCCAUCAUUUAUACAGUGUUCAAAAGACUCUAAUGAAAGGUCUUGCACCUAUGGAGCUUGAAAAGAACAAAUCAUGGAAAGCAAAUGCACAAUCAUAUCCCCAAGAAACUAUACUGCCCACAAAUUCAAUUUCCAGGUUGGGCUCAAGAGUAUCUUCAGGUCAGGAGUUGUUAGAAGGGUGGAGGGGCAAUUGCCAAAAGUUUCAGCAAAGGCCUUUCAAUCUUCAACUGCUACCUGAUCAGUAUAUUAGUCUUGGUGAUAAUAAUCCUCCAAAUAAAGGAAAGGUUGGUGAUCACUUAAAAGAAACCAUGGAUAUAAUUUCUCUCCAUGGUGGUUUCUCAGAUCCACUGGAGUUGAGGCUUUCUCUAAGCCUUGGAAUGGUCAAGGGGAAAAAGGAAGAUAAACAGAGAAAUUGGUAUGACAAGAAGGUUAAUACCUGCUCUGGAAUUGUCAUUGAUUUGGAAGAAUCUGCUGAGAGGACCUCAGAUGAGGGUGCAAAACAUCCACCUAUCGAUUUUGCUGCUAAAGGUACAUAUUCGGGAGGAAGGCAUGAUUCACAAGUUACUAUAACAUCUGAUCCUAUCACUUCAAGAAGCAUGGAGAAAGAUCUAUCUCAUGAGAUUGCGGAGAAUAGCUCCUUAGUUGGGGAUAGCAAAUGCUGCCAAGAAUGGAGCUAUUCUGAUCAAGGAUUAAAACACCCCGAAAAUAUGCCUUGCAAAAACUUUUUGACUAGAAAGCAACAGUUCAUUUCAUAUGGAGUGGGAUAUUUGGACCUUAAUGAAGUUCGGCUUGAUGAUUCGUCUUGUCACUCAAAUGAUGCCAUAGGGGCCCAUCCUUUGACUACUAGCUCAUCAGGUGGUUUUAGUGGACUGAUUAGCAGGAGUCAGGAAACCUUGUGUCCAACCACAUUUUGGAGAGAAGAAAUUAAGGAGUUGUCCAAUGACACUUCUGAGAUGCUUCAACAAGAUGAUUGUGUAAAACUUUCUUUGCUGAAUUCCAACAACAAAGACGGGAGAACAGAAACUAAAGUCCAAAAUUCCAAACUCAGUGGAAGGAAUGAAUGUGAAACAAGCCUUAUUGGUCCUGCAUCUGUAUCCAGGCCCCAAAUAAACCUUCCCAAGGACAUUGGUAUCCACAAUGGAAACACCAAGAAUGGAAGGGAUGAGCUGAUGUUGAAACUACAAAAUGUUCCUGCUCUUGGUCCAAACCCUCCAUGUGUAGUUGAUACACAAUUGGGUUGUGAGAAGCCUGAAGAAGGGGACACUGUGUUAUGUUCUGAUAAAAUCCAAAUUACAAUUGAAGAUGAACAUCCUGAUGAGUCUCCUGCUUCAGGGAAGUCUAGCUGCAUUUCAGAUAAUGAUUCUAGCCCUGUAAGGACUAUGCAAUCCGGAAUUGAACCCUAUAAUUCAAGUCUUCCUGCUUCUGAUCAGUUUUCAGGAACCCAUGGGAGAUCUCAAGUUGCAGAAACUUUAUCAGGUGAGCAGGAUCAAAGAUCUUCUGACAGUAAUGAAAUAAAACAUGAAUGUUACAAUAACAGGGAAAAAUCAGCUGAAGUGGAUGACUUGAUUCAAAUAGCAGCUGAAUCACUUAUCCGUGUCUCCUUGGAGAACUCAGCUUGCUAUCGGGAAUCUUCAACCCAGACAGGGUCCAAUGAGUUAGAGAAUGAGGACAAGGAGCAGCCGCAGCGUUCCUCUGAUUCUUUUGAGUUAAUGACUCUGAAACUGACAGAAAUCUGUGCUGAUGACUAUUCUGUAUCAUCAAAGCCAUUUGAAGUAUGUGAUGCAGAGAGCAAAGAUUUUAGUAUCAAAUUGAGAAGAGGAAGGAGACUGAAGGAUUUUCAGAGAGACAUACUUCCAGGUCUUGCAUCUCUUUCUAGGCAUGAAAUUCGUGAAGAUAUAAACAUUCUUGAGGGAGUUUUAAGAUCAAGAGAGUACAAGAAAAUGAGAGCUAAGAUGGCUAAUGGAGAGAGUUGGUGCACACCAGUGAGAAGCAGACGGUCAAGACUUAAUUAUGUUGGAAGAAAAACUUUUAGAUAAUAUUCAAGUUGAAGUUGGAAACUUCAUCAGAUUUUAACAUAAAUGUAUUGCGUAAUCCAUUAUCUUUUGACUGCAAAUAAUCUUUAAGCUCAUUCAUUGAUCUAGGGAUAUUAACUAUGUUCUGAUAUAUGAUUUGAUCUUUCUA